AUAAACUACAAAACAGAGCAAGUACAGCAGAAGGGACUGAAUUACAAUUGUGGGGUAUGCUUGUCACAAUACCAUUGCUUACUCGGGAUAAUCAUUAGUCUUGUGUAUCUAAAUGAGUGACUUACAUGAGCCGCUCGGUACAAGUGACAAAUUUGGGAACACCGACAUUUUGAUGUCCCAUUUAAGUAUGUCGAUACAGUAGCAUUGUUUAUGCUUAAUUAUAUCUUCGAUCGCGAUUGUCACGACACUCGAGCACUCAGCGCAAAUAUCACCUAAAAAUACACAAAUCGGAAAAAUAUGGAAGACCAAACAAUCAUUUCUGACCUUGCUUUCAAAGGAUGGAUGGCCUUUGACAAGAACGCCAUAGUAGAUGGGUUGAAACUAACACCUUUCCAACCGAAGAAAUGGGAAGAGACCGACAUAGAUGUCAAAGUUACUCACUGUGGUCUCUGCGCAAGUGACAUGCAUACUUUGCGAAGUGGAUGGGUAAGAAAUUCUACCCCUAUUUUGAUUCAAUCUCACAUGUUCUCGGCUAGGGACCUACUAAUUAUCCAUGCUGUACCGGGCAUGAGACUGUGGGAGAGGUAAUUCGAGUAGGGAAAGCAGUCGAGCGAAAUAUUGCGUUAGUCCAUCCUAUAAAUAGCUGGAAUUCUGUCCGCUAACAGAAAACAGUAUUGGUGACCGGGUAGGAAUUGGUCCUAUAAUUCACGUCUGUGCCCAGAAAGAUUGCCCGGAAUGUAGCCAGGGGAUGCCAAACUACUGUCCACGGAAAGUUGCUGCAUAUGAUGGUUAUCUCCCAGAUGGCAGCAAGACCUUCGGCGGCUUUGCAAAUUACUGUCGAGUUCCGGGCGCCGCUGCCAUUCGUAUUCCCAAAGCACUAAGCAGCGCAGCAGCGGCACCAUUGCUAUGUGCUGGCAUUACCACCUUCGUUCCAUUAGCGGAACACAAAGGAGAAGGAAAGCGAGUUGGAAUAAUUGGUAUUGGGGGUUUGGGGCACUUUGCAAUCAUGUUUGCAAGAGCUUUGAAGUUUCAGCAUGUUGUUGCAAUUUCACGAAGUGAGAGCAAGCUCGGCGACGCCAUCAAGUUGGGUGCAAAAAGCUACAUAGCCACCGAAACCGACACAGAUUGGGCAGAGAAGCAUGCAAAGUCGCUCGACGUGAUUAUUUGUACUGUGUCAUCCGCUGACAUGCCACUAAACAAGUACUUGGGUUUGCUCAGGACAGGAGGCCAUUUCUGCCAAGUUGGACUGCCAGACGAUCCUAUGCCGCCGCUUGAAAUAUUUGGGCUGGUUGAGCGGAAGAUCUCAAUUCAUUUCAAUGACAUAGGCUCAGUCAAGGAGACAGAAAACCUAUUGAAAUUUGUGGUGAGGGAACAGAUUAAGUCAUGGGUUGAGACGCGAAAGAUGAGUGAUGUGAACAAUGUUCUGAAGGAGAUGGAGGCUGGAGACGCAAGAUAUCGAUAUGUUUUGGUAAAUGAUGCUUAGAUCGACUCAGAAGGCCAAUGAAUGAUGGGCAGUCCUACAAGAUGUGGAAUUACAUUGUCCGUCCCCGGUGUAGAAGAUGAAAAGUUUGAUAGGCAGGUUGAUGGAACGGAUGGGUUUGCUUGUACAUCAACGCAUGAUGAAGAUGGAAGGGUAAAA